AUGUCGAUGGAGCCGAUGGCCGUGUUGCGGCCGACGGAGGAGCCGACGCCGCUGCGGGCGUCCUUGAGGGAACUGUCGCGCAUCGCUUUGCCAAUGAUGGUGAGCAACACGCUGAUGCUGUUGAACGAGUUUACCAACAUGAUCUGCCUGAGCCACGUGGGAAAUACCGCUGAAAUGGCAGCAGUUGGCUUGGGCAACAUGAUGCAGAACUGCUUUGCUCUAAGCCUCGGCCUGGGUCUUACCAGCGCUCUGGACACCUUGGUGAGUGCAGCGCAUGGAGCUGAGCAUUUUGGGCUGUGUUGCCACUAUUUGCAGAGAUGCAGGGCCUUGUGCACCUUGCAGCUGCUGUGGAUGAUCCCUUUGCUGUGGUUUACAGAGCCAUUUCUUCUUGCACUUCGGCAAGACCCACGUGUUGCCCGACACGCAGCUUCCUACAACCGCGUUGCCGUAUUCGGCCUUUUCGCAAAUUUUCAGCACCAGAGCAACAUUGCCUUCCUCCGGAACAAGCGACUGCCGGGGCCUGUGACAUGGAUCGCAGUCUGCACCAGCGUGUUGCACAUCGCCUGGGCGGCGGUCUUCAUCGUGGUGCUGGAUCUGGGAAACCGGGGCGCUGGGUUCGCCAACGUGUCCACCUGGACGCUUCAAUUUUCGCUGUCCUCCAGCAUCGUGCUCUGCCGCAAGCGGCAGUUGGCUGGCACUGCCUGCCAACUUCUGGGUGUGCAGCAGGAAGCCUUCCGGUGCUGGAAGGGCUACCUCGCUGUGGCCAUCCCGAGCACCGUGAUGCUUUGCAGCAACUCCUGGUUCUGGGACCUUUGUGUCUUGGUGGUAGGCACGCUGGGGCCGACAGCGCUCGCCGCGCACGUGGCGACCCUGAACCUUGUGUGCAUGCUCGUUCAGCCCCCAGUGGCCUUGGGCCUCUCUGCAGCCAGCGUGGUGGGCAACUGCAUCGGCGCCGGCGCUCCCAGAAAGGCCAGACAAACCGCUUGGAUGGCGGUUGCCUUAGAUGCGGCUCUUUGGGCCGGCCUCGCGGCGAUCUUUUUCCUUGCCCGCGAAGAUGUGGCCGCGCUCCUGACCUCUAAGCCCAAGGUGAGAUCCGUGGUGGCACUGCUACUCACCAUCUACCUCGGUGCUGGGUUCUUUGACACGCCCGCCUACAUUAUGGCGGCCGUGUUGCGGGGCCUUGGCAUGCAGAAGGUGCCUGCUGCGACCUACACGGUAUGCUACUACUUCCUCAUGCUGCCUUUGGGCGCCUACUUUGCAUGGCGCUUGCAGAUGGGUGUGAGCGGCGUGUGGUAUGCCACGCUGGUGGGGACUGCGCUGUCCUUCGUGAUCAUGAUGUACGCUCUAUGGCACGUGGAUUGGCAGCGCCGCGCGGGUGAGGCCCAAAGGCGCCUGGAAGCCGACUCAAAGAUCGGGAGCCGAGCUCCGGGCCUUUGA